AUGGCCUCUUACCCCGGAAGACUAACGGAGCGCGGUUUGGAACGCGACGCGAAUCGCGCCUCACUCGAACACGUGACCGUGCCACGGAGGCUUCGGCGCUUGGACCCCCGCGCUUCUUUCGAGCGCCCUCCUCCCUCGCUUUCUCUCCACCCAACCAUUCGGCGAGUGUUCGAGCCACCGAACCUCAGCCUUCCUCCACGAACGUUCGAGGUACCGAACUUCGUGUCUCUCUUGUCUACCCUCGCGCGAGCGUUCGAAUCCGAACCCCACGUGUACGGGAUGGUCGACCUCACCCGUUCAAACUCGGUCUCCCCCCGCUUCCGCUCCACUCUCUGGUUCCCGCAACACUAUGAGGCCCUUCCUCCUCGACCGGAAUCUCGAGACACCGCUUGGAAGCUCUACCGAGCCCACCGAGUCGUCCGGGUCGCCGCCUCGCUAGGUAACGGCGACUACGCAGUGACUCCGAACGCGGACUUCAUCCCGCCGUUCCCUCCCGGCCCUUCAGAUAGGGAGGACGUGUUCUCCGACGGACGACGCGGCAAGUUUGAGCCAGGAUACCACCCUCAAGCCUGGAAUACUUCCAGGGGACACUGGCCCUUCAUGUUCGAGGUGCCCGACGGUGACGAAGGCGCGGACCCCGCCUACGUCACACUGGAGUUCACGAAGAAAGGAACGGGCACCUUCCACGUUCACAAUCAGCAGACGGGAAAGGGAUCCCCGACGGCGACCUUUGCUCAGGCCUUGCAGGUCCUCUACGACGCGGAGGUGACGCGCGCCGAAUCGUUCUUCGCGCGGGAUAGCAACCCGCCCCAAUCCUUGGUCUUGCGCCCGGCUGCCGUUCGAGAGGCGCUCUACCAGUUCCCCGUUGAACUGACGGAUCUUUUCUCCGCUCGGAAGAAAGCCGCCCUCAUCCAACACCACCUUAGGGAACUUCGCGCCUACUCCUACCGCGCUUACUUACAGGAGUCACUAGAAAAUGGCAAGAUGUCCUUCCCCAGCGCCGAGACGAUGGGAGUAGGAUGUUGGAUCCGGGAGGGAAAUGAGGAACUCCUCAAGAGCCUGUCCUGGUUCGGCAUUCGAGUAUGGUACGAGCGUCGAUCACCGGUCCCCUUCCCUAGCUCCCUGCGGCCAGUACGAGGACUCGACCCUCGCUUAUCAAGGGAAGGUUGGGACGAAGAGAUUCACGACCACAAGCCAUACGUGGGGAAGCGAGGAAGGAAACGUCUUGCAGAAAUCGAGGCAGAGCUUCGCGCCGAUGAGGACUCCGACUUCGACUGGGACGACCCCGAAGAUCUACCUGUCCCUUCCAAUCCUCCCUUCAUCCCGGGCCCUUCCAAGCCCCUUAAGCGCGCGGCGGCGGCUCUGGUCGCCUCGUUCGUACCAUCCAUCCCAUCCUUCCCGGACCCGGAAGAAGAAGGGUGGAAUAACAGCCCGGCCGUCGAACCAGCCGCCCCGUCCUCCCCUCCUCGGCCUUCGUCGCCGGUUCGUCAAAGAGAAAGCAAAACUCCGCCCCGCCGGGUCGACUCUCCAAUGGCCAUUUCGCCCCCACGCUCCGGGAACACUAACGAGCCGCUCGCAUCAACGUCGCACUCGGGAGCGGCCAUUCCCCGAUUGAGAAUCGACAAGGGUAAGAGUCGAGCUCUCUCUCCUCCUCGCCGUACGCACUCUCCCCAUCUUCGUCGCUCGCCCCCUUCAUCUCGCCAUCGUCGCCGACCCCCGUCUCCUAUGACGCGCUUUCCCCGCCGCUCCUCUCGAUCCUGCUCCCCGAGGGAGAGAAGACAAUACGAGCGACCGCGCGGUCGUCAGCCGUCGCCUCGUCAAAUCUCUUCCCCGUCACGCCGCGAGCCGCGCGUCCUAUUACGCUCGCCUUCUCCGUAUCGACGAGAGUACGGCGGCGCUUACCGGCAGGUCCACGACGUCAACCCGGGUCGUUCCCUGGUCAGACCCCGGCGAGCAAGCCCAACCUUCCGUCGACGUUCGCGAAGUCCCGCGUCGUCGACCGGUCGCCCCCCGGCCAACCGAGGCCGGUCACCCCUACGACCCCCUGCCUCGCCGCCCCGCGUGCUCAGAGAAACGCACGAAGAACGUCAGUCGCUCGUCGAUCGGAUCGCCCCUGAGGCUCCGACUCCGGCGGUUCGUUCUCUGGCCGAACGGCUAGCACCGGUCAGCCUACUCGAACGACUGGCCGCCCCUCAGGAGGCAGUGGACGAGGAAAUCGGAGAGAGCAGCAGCACGUCGACCGCCCCGUCGCUAUUCAAUCGCCUGGCAAUACCCCUCGAGAGCCGCCUGUCGGACACGCUGACAGCAGGCCCGUCCACAAUCGCCCCCGCCACCCCUCCCCCGACAGCCCUCCACAUCGUCACGCUGCCUUCGGGCAUUCCUCUGCGCACACGGCUGCCCUUGUUCUCCGCCGCCGAAGUGGAUGAAUAUCUUCACCAUCCCUUCGAGCGAAGCGAGAACAUCGCGCCCUUCAGACAGUCUUGGGAGCACGAGCUGGGGCCCGCACCCUAUUUCCCAGCGGAAAGCAAGCGACCAUUGCCCUCCCCCCAACUCCUUCUAGCGGACGGGGAUGAGGGGUACCUGGCCACAAUCUUGUGGAUACAUUCGCGUACCGGGUACAUCGACGGGCUGCUGCGCGAACCGCACGAUUGGCCUGCCCUCAUCCACAAACAGUGGAAGUCGCGCCUACGCGGAAACCCGGACCUAGUUCGGGCAGCCAAAGGAACCAGUGUCCGGCCACUCCCGGAUACAGUCCUGCUGCCACUGCGCAACCCUCUCCCGAACGAGAAGGAGGAUGCAGUCUGGGAGCUCCGUACCUUCCAAUUCCGCUACAACUUUGAGCGGUUGGCGGCCGAAUUGCUACCUGGGUUGAGGGCGGCGUCCACGGAGUCAGCGAAAGGAGCCAUAUGGGCCAGCACACGCGACCGCGUGAGGCGUACUUGGGGACCGGGAACGACGCACUACCCGUCCGUGCACGAGCCGCGCUACUUGGACAGCGACGAUGACUUGGUACGGCUGCGACACUGGUUUGCGAUCGGGCGGCUGAUGCUCGAAUGGGACCUGAGAGCGGACGUCACUGCAGACCUACAGCUCGCGAUGGGGGGCUCUGUUACGGACGCGGUGGAACGCAUCAAGUCCGCGUACACCACUACGUACAAAAUGGUAUUCAAGAAUCGCGACCCGCACGUCUUCUGUGCACGUACAUAA